UAAAUAUUCGCCAUGGCAUGUAUGCUAGUCACAGGGGGAUAAAGUAGCAAGUGCAGCGUGGGUGUGAGUGCAGUUUUACGUAUACAACAUAGUUCUCAACCCUCAGAGUUACCUGGUUGAACGCUGGGAUUCAAUCAUUUCCCCCCGCGUCUGCAUUUCUUUGAUAUACAUAUUACGAGAAAGGAAGGGGGGAAGCACAGCACGUUUUGUGGCCUGGAAAGCCAUCUGUUAGCGUAAGUUAGCUAAGGUGGCUAACGUGAACGCGGCUGUUCAGCUACCGUCGCUUUAGCACCACACACACACACACACACACAUACGACACCGAGGUGGUGAGCUCGUCUAGCCGAUGCCUGCGACCCUCUUACAACAGAUAAAGUCCCCCCCCAUCUAGCUUUAACUCCUACCGUGGUUGGAAAGCGAGGAUCUAAAAUGAUCAUUGAAAACCUCGAUGCCUUGAAAACAUGGCUGUCUGAUACCCUCGAGCCCAUCUGUGAUGCAGACCCUUCUGCCCUGGCCAAGUAUGUUGUUGCUUUGGUGAAGAAGGACAAAAGUGAAAAGGAACUCAAAGCCCUUUGUAUAGACCAGUUGGAUGUAUUUCUUCAGAAAGAGACCCAGCUGUUUGUGGAUAAGCUGUUUGAAGCUGUUAACAACAAAAGCUACCUCCCGCUGCCAGAGCAACAAAACUCUGUAGUCAAAGUUGAGAAAGAGGAACCAAAAAAAGACGAGGCUUCUCGUGAAGAAGAUAGAGACAAAAAGUUUCCCCGGAGAUUGAACCACAGCCCUCCCCAACUAAGCUCCCGCUACAGCAGAGACAGCAGGAGAGUAGAUGAUCGUAAAAGAGAUGAGCGCCCCAGGAAGAGGGAUUAUGACCGCAAUCCACCCAGGAGGGACUCGUAUCGUGAUCGCUACAACCGCAGAAGAGGGCGCAGCCGCAGCUACAGUCGUAGCCGCAGCCGGAGUUGGAGCAAGGAUCGCAUCCGGGACCGGGACAGAGAGAGGGAUCGCGAUCGCAGCAGGAGCCGGUCAAAUGAAAGAACUCGGUCUAGAAGUAGGAGUAGAGAACGCGAUUCUGGCAAGUUGAAGUUUGAUCACGAUCGACCGGACAAGUCAGAGACUGGUGAUGGCUACACCCCAGCAGUCCUGGUCUCCACUGCAACCACUUCACACUUCCCUGUUCCAACACUGAGCAGCACCAUUACAGUUAUCGCUCCCACACAUCAUCACAGCAACAACACCACUGAGAGCUGGUCAGACUUCCGUCCUGAUCACCCUGUGGACCGAGGCCCUUUUAUCAGGGGACCACCCCCUCAACCGAGGAAGCGAUGCCGUGACUAUGAUGAAAAAGGUUUCUGCAUGAGAGGGGACAUGUGCCCUUUCGACCAUGGAAGUGACCCUGUUGUAGUAGAGGACGUCAAUUUGCCCAAUAUGAUGCCCUUCCAACCUCCACCCAUCCCAGGUGUGGCUGCACCACCGCCCCCAGGCCUCCCACCACCACCUCCUCUCAUGAACCCCCCACCUGUGAAUCUGCGACCCCCUGUGCCUCCACCAGGCGUCCUCCCACCUAGCCUUCCUCCUAUUGCAGGCCCCCCUCCUCCCCUUCCUCCUCUGCAACCGUCGGGCAUGGAUGCUCCUCCAAACCCCAUCACCAGCUCUGUUCCCACCAUUGUCACCUCUGGGAUGCGCUCCUCACUUCCCCAGGCUGCAGUGCCUCUCUUCAACACCAACAACUAUGAGACGGAUGUGUACAAUCCUGAGGCUCCCAGCAUCACCAAUACCUCCAGGCCGAUCUACCGCCACCGGGUCAAUGUUCAGAGACCCAACCUGAUCGGUCUCACCAUGGGAGAUGUGGAUCAGCCACCGAGGGAAAAAAUUCCGAACAACAGUAUGAGGAUCGUUAUGGAGUCAGAUUCAAGGAAGAGACCACAUGUGUCCCAUGAUGGAGGGCUCCUCUCCAACAAACCUUGGUUUGACAAACCCAACUUCAACAAACCAAACCACCAAGGCUACCACAAAAGAGUCCCGUUCUCCGCUAACACCAAGCUGCUGGUUCGACAAAUCCCCGCCGAGCUAAACAACAUCAGCAAACUCAACGAACAUUACAGCAAGUUUGGGACCAUCGUCAACCUUCAGGUUGCUUACAACAAUGACCCAGAGGGGGCUCUGAUCCAGUUUGCCUCCCCCGAUGAGGCUAAGCGCGCUAUGCAAAGCACAGAGGCUGUUCUCAAUAAUCGCUUCAUCAGGGUGCACUGGUUUCGUGAGGAUGGGAGUGACGGUCAGUUUCACUCACAGCAGCAGACUCAACCACAGCCAGCCACGCAGCCGUCAGCCACGUCUCUGAAGCAGUCCAUCAAAGACCGACUUGGACCCCUGCUCACGGCUAACUCUGAGCCCUCCCAAGACUCUCAGAAUCCUUCGAAAGUGUCAGUGAAGGACCGUUUGGGUCUGCCGCCUGCCAAACCAGCAGCUCCUGUUGAAAAAGUCUUUUCAACGUCCAUGGGCCUCACAAAGACUGUGUACAAUCCUGCAGCCCUGAAGGCCGUGCAGAAAAGCUCAGAAGAGGCCCUGAAGAAGAAACAGGAAGCUCUGAGACUACAGCAGGAUGUAAGGAAGAAGAAACAGGAAAUAUUGGAGAAGCACAUUGAAACACAGAAGCUCCUCAUAUCCAAACUUGAGAAGAACAAAGCAAUGAAGGCCGAGGAUAAAGCCAAAAUCAUGGAGACUUUGGGCAUGUUAACCAAAAGCAUCACCAAACUGCAAGAGGAGAUAAAGGGAAUCUCAACCAGCAGCAUCCUUCUACGAACAUCCAAGAGCAAGGCCCAGGCCCAAAAGGAACUGCUGGAUGCAGAGCUGGACCUUUUCAAGAAAACCCAGGCUGGAGAAGAUACAGCGUUGUUGAAGAUCAAGUAUACCCAGCUGCAAAUUGAGGCAGCAAAAAGGGGACUUCUGUCACCAGGACGAGGCAGAGGGGUACACUCUCGAGGCCGUGGUGCUCUUAGGGCCCGGGGAAGAGGCUCUAGAGGACGGGGAAGAGGGGUAUCACUGCAUGCAGUCGUUGACCAUCGACCACGCGCCCUGGAGAUUUCUGGUUUCAACGAGGCAGACCAUGUCGACCUGCUGCCACACUUUGCUCAAUUUGGAGAGAUCGAAGAUUGCCAGAUUAAUGAAAACAGCCCGUCUGCGGUCAUCACGUACAGGACGAGAUCUGAAGCAGAACGGGCGGCUCUUCAUGGGGUGAGGUUCAACAACCAGACUCUACGCCUGGCCUGGCAUAAGGCUGUCACAGCCCUCAGUGCUGUGGACGCUGACGAUGCAGAAGCGGAUGAAGAUGAGUACCCAGAAGAGUCGCUCAGUGACGAUGCCUUGCUGCAGGAUGAUGAUGAAGAAGAAGACGACAAUGAGCCUCGCUCGUGGCGCAGAUGAAGACCGGUCCCGGCACUCCUCCCUGAUGUGCAAAGACGUUCAACAAUCCAGCAUCUUUAAAACAAUUCAUCGCCUGUUUAUAAAUAAACACGGCACAUUUCACUUUGACUAGACUUUUUUUUGUUCCCCUUACAAAUGUGUAACUAGCAGAACAACCAUGUGCAAGUUUGAUUAAUUUUAACAGUUUAACUGUGGUGAUUUUUUUAAUGCUCUUAAUGUAGAUUGUUUUUUUUUGCUUGAUUUUUUUGGUUCAUAAAACAUGCAUAGUUUGACAGCAUAUCUUACACAUACACUUUUGUUGAAGUGUCAGUUUAACAAACAAACCUGUGUUGUAAUUUAACUGAAUGACAAACUGUAGCUUUUUGCAGAGUAUGAUACGCGCAAUUGUAAAUAUUUUAUGUCUGGGUUUAAAAUGAUUUGUAUGAAAGCUUGGCUUCUCAGUUUUUGGCUUUACUUUGGAUUGUAUGAAAAAAUAAAGAAUUGAAAUGGUCUGAAAAUAUCCUGCCAAAAAAAAAAAGAAAAAAGAAAAAAAAGAGGAACUGUGGCAGUGAAAAAAAAAAAAAGAUCUUAAAGAGCUGAAAAAGACCAUUUCAAAAAAAACAAAAAAAAAACUUCCUCUUCACUAAAGAGCAAACUUCCUACAACAUUCCUACUUCUCUUUUAAAAACAACAAUUUUUUAUUUUUUAUUUUUUGGAUUGGUAAGGUAACUUGUAUUGCUCUGUUUUCUGUACCAAGGUAGGUCCAGGACAUAACCUGAUUUCUAAGUAGUUCCAGUUAAUUUUAAUUUCAUAAUUAAACAUUUUAUUUAAUCCAACACAAAAACAUCAUAACUGAGAACGUCUGUCUUCUUUUGUGCAGGAGCUGACUGUCUGCCAUGUCCGUCCACUGGUCCUCCAUGAGAUUUCUACAGUAUUGCCUGUUGAUGCAAAUAAUAAUGCAGACCUGUUACUGAAACACUGAUUUGUGAUAAAUUAAGUGCUGCUAUGUUCAAAUACAAAUUAUUUUUAUAAUUUA